AAAGUCAUCCGACGCUUAUUAAAUAGUUGUCAUUUUCAAAUGCAGCUCAGUUUACGUUAAACACCGAUCAAAGACGGAAAGGUUGAAUUAUUAAAAGUUAAACAGUAACUUGAAGCCCUCUAGUUUAGUUUUGCAUAAAGCUUUUACUAAUAAUUUUGCUUUUAAACCGAAAAGGGCGAAAAUGCAACCAGUAAAAUUUUAUUUUAAUUUUUUGGAUCAGUCGAGUCGUGCAUUAUAUAUAUUAUUGGAAGCAUCGAAAAUACCUUUCGAAGCGAUACCUAUAUCAAUACUUAAAGGUGAACAUUUAACUGGCGAAUUUCGUGAUAAAGUAAGUCAAUUCAAGUGCUUGCCUGUAAUAAAUGACGAGAACUUAUCUUUGGUUGGGAGUAUAACCAUAUUUCGACACCUAAAUCGGGAAAAAAUUGUACCGGAGCACUGGUAUCCACGACGCAAUUAUGGUCGCAGUCGUAUUGAUGAAUUCCUUGAGUGGCAACAGCGUAAUACCGCAAUGGCAUGCGGUAAUUACUUUCAACAAAAGUGGCUUUCACCUAUUUUAAACAAGGCAUCUCCUGACGACAAAAAUGUCAGUGUCUUAACAGAAUGUCUAAAUCAAAAUUUGAAGAAUUUUGAAAACCACUUUCUAAAUAAAAACAAGUUUGUCAUUGGUGAAAAUAUUUCUUAUGCUGAUCUGAUGGCAAUUUGCGAAAUCGAUCAACCAAAAUUCAUAGGAUUCGAUCCUUUCAAUCAUCAUCCAAAGUUGGGUAAAUGGUAUGACAGAGUAAGGGAAGAGUUGGGACCGUAUUAUAAGAAAGUAGCAAUUGAAUUUGAUAACAAAUUAAGAACUGCAGAAAAAAAGAUACCGGAAGUCAUGUAUCUUCAACAAUAAAUAAAGCUAGUAUAUGAAGGCCUCAUAUACACAUAUUGUUUAGAUUACAUAAAUUUUGUUAAAUGCAAUUAAAUUUGUAUUUUAAUAUUUUUGUUACAAUUCUGAUGCUAGUCGUCGAUCGACUUGUUAAUUAAACGUUAUUAUUAGUUAUAGAAAAUAAGGGAUAUAUGUACUUUCAUACUUAUACUUGGAAUAACCAUAAGCAUUUUUAUACUUGUUGUUAAGUUAUUAUGGUUUUAAAUAAAAAAUAUAAAUAUCUAAA